AUGUCCAGCACAGCCGCUAUUAAAAUCUUGAUUAGUGGACCUAUUACUCAUCAGAUGAUUGCUCAUGUUGCCCAAAAAGCGGCCGAGGUGAUCCCUUGCGAUCCGCCACCACAUUUAAACGGUUCCUCGCAAGCAAAGCCGCCAACUCCAACAAGCGCCAACUCCACCGCGGGGAGCGUUAAAAACAACAGCGGUAAUGUCACCACGAGCCACACGGCGGCUACAACGCAUUCUCACACGCUUGGCGAAGAGGACCAACAACCUCUGCCUCCUCUCCUGUCGUUCAUACAACGAUUGGUGAUAAAGUCGAAUGUAUCAACCGCCACAUUCCUCACAACUCUCGUGUACUUGGCAAGGCUAAAGAAUAAGUUACCAAAGCUUGCACGAGCCAAGGUCAAUCUCAUGGAAAGGCAGCUACUGUCCCUGUUGGAUUAUGAUCUUCGUGUGCAAGAGUCGGAUCUCGAACUACACCUUGCACCCUUUUUAAAACAAAUACAAUCACUCAAUUUCGGUCAUGCCAUAAGGAUAGAAGCUCUAAGAUUACCCACUACCAAACUCACAUCAUCAUUGUAUAACCCCACCACGGAGGCACAACUCAUAUCCUCUCCGAGAGAGUACACUUAUAACGGAAGCAAUAAUGUUGUCAACUUUUCACAACAUUUGCACGCCUCCAUCAAAAAAGCCAACAAUCCGAUCAUCAUUACUACUCCUGCUGACAACAAAAACAGUGGCAAUAAUAAUGAAAUCUUCUUUCAAUCUACCCCAAACUGCAUCGAUGACCACCUUCAAUCUACUCCAAACUACCUCGGUGAACACUUUCAAUCUACACCAAACUGCAUCGAUGACACAAGCGAUGAUUCUCAAGUAGGCAUGAGUACGGACAUGGAAACCGACGAAGAUGAAGAAAAUCAUUCAUCCGGGGAGGAGAAACGAGUCGCCUACGAUGAACCCACUUUAGCCACGUUUGACGAAUUAUGCAAGCGUAACAUCGAACACUCAACAACCCCCUCAACACAAUGGAACUUUCAGACUCUACCAAAAUCGACAUCCCCAUCUACCAUCGCCAACUCGAACCCGUCAGACGCUGGCGUCUUGCACUUCCCUUCCUAUUGCAGUGGUCAUAAUAAUAAGAUG